CAUAUCUUCCCCUCCGGCUGGCAAUCAAUAAUCCAUGUCUUCCUUGGCCUCUUCAUCCUCUGAACCCAAAUUGACCUUCGAAUACGAUGUCUUCUUAACUUUCAAUGGUCUUGCAGAUGGGGUAAGAACCUUUCUUGAGGAUUGUUUAAGGAACGCUGGAUUCAAAACUUUCAUUCAUGACAUGGUCAGGGAUUAUUCCACAUGGGAGAUGAUGGAAAGGUGUAGAAUUGUGGUGGUGGUAAUCACACCAGACUUUGUUUGGUCCGGCAAAUGUCUUGAGAUACUUCUGAAUUUAAUGUCUGGUCCCAAAACAGUGUUGCCUUUCUUCAAUGGAAUGAGCAAGAAUGAAGCGCGUGUGCAGUUCGAGAGCUUCCAUUUGCGAAGAUAUGAGAACGAAGUGAGUUACUACGAACUGAAUUUGCAUAUGCGAAGAUUUGAGAAUGAAUUGAGUGUGCUGUUGGAGAUUUUGCAUUUGCCAAGGUCUAAUGAUGAUUAUAUCUUCGAUUGGGACUUCCAACCAAGAGCCGACGCUGUGUGUGAUUCGCUACAUGGCUUCUCACUGACGGAUGAUUUUGGGGACCAAGAAUUGGUCAAUAACCUUAUUGCAAAAGCCAUAUCACAAGUAGGGUUGCUACCUCGUGUGAGACAAGUGCUUGACCGAUUAGGCUGGAAAUCCCAUCAUGUAGAAAAUACAAUCAUAGUCGGAAUUUGGGGGGUUGGAGGUGUCGGCAAAACUACCAUUGCCAGAGCUAUUUAUGAUACAAUUGGUAUCCAUUUCAAUUGCAAAAGUUUCCUUGCUAAUAUCAAGGAUGCAUGGGAGAAAAAUAAUGGUCAAGUUCUUCUACAAGAGCAACUUCUUUCAGAUAUUCAUGUGAAUCAUAUGAGGCAAGGACCUUAUAGAGGGGCCCUAAUAGUACUUGAUGAUGUAAAUCAAGUAGGCCAACUCACUGAACUGUGUGGAAAUGGAGAGCAGUUUGGUAAAGGGAGCUUGAUUUUUGUCACAACAAGAAAUAAGGAUUUACUUGAUCACUUUGUUGACAAAUCAUGCAAAGUGGAAAAGUUGGAUGACAGUGAGUCUCUUCAGCUUUUUGGUUGGCAUGCAUUUGAAAACAUUGAUCCAACAAAUGGUUUUGUGAAUCUUUCUAGGAAAGUAAUUACUUUAUGUGAAGGGCUACCAUUGAUUCUUGAAGUUGUAGGCUCUCUUUUGCGUAAUAAGACAAAAUCGGAGUGGAAAAAAGUAUUGAAUAAAUUAAAAAAUGUUUCGAGUGGUGAAAUACAACAGAAGCUUAAAAUAAGCCUAGACUUUUUGGCUGAAUCAGAGAAUAAAUUAUUUUGUGAUAUAGCAUGCUUUCAUGUGGGCCAGAGUAUGAGUUAUGUUACUGAUUUGUUUAAGGGCUCGAGAUUCCCCAUAGAAAUGGGAAUGCAAGUACUUAUGGAGCGCAACCUUGUACAGGUUGUCAAUGACAAGAUUCAUGUGCAUGAUUUGCUACAAGAGAUAGGGAGGGGAAUGGCUACAAAAAGGCCAAAGUUCAAAUAUACCUAUGAUGUAUUCUUAAGUUUUAGAGGUGAAGAUACGCGUAAAUCAUUUACUACUCAUCUUUAUAAUGCUCUAAAGCAAGCAGGAAUUGAGGUCUUCAUGGAUGAUGAAAGGAUUGCAAAGGGAGAACAUAUUCCAAGUUCAUUACUACAAGCAAUUGAACAUUCUAGAAUUUCAAUCAUUAUAUUCUCACAAAAUUAUGCUGGCUCUAGUUGGUGCUUGCAAGAAUUAGAGAAAAUCAUGGAGUGCUACAAAACAACUCAACAAGAGGUUUUUCCUCUAUUCUAUGAUGUGCAACCAUCUGAAGUUCGUAAACAGCAGAAUGCCUUUGGAAAAGCAUGGGAAAGGCUUAUAACGACAUUCCCGAUCAGAAAAGGUAGGAAAUUGGCAAUCAAUUUGAAGAGAGUCCUUAAUGAGGCUGCUAACUUAUCAGGGUGGGAUAUGCAAAAAUACAGAACUGAGGCUGAGUUACUUGAUGAUAUUGUUAAAACUGUCACAAUGAGGCUAGACAACAGCAAAUACAUGUUUGUUGCUCACCAUCCAGUGGGUUUGGAUUCUCGAGUGCAAGAUAUCAUCCAAUUGCUAAGUUGUGAAUCAAAUGAGAUUAUCAUAAUUGGAAUUUGGGGGAUGGGUGGGGUGGGUAAGACGACGAUGGCUAAAGCUAUUUACAAUGAAAUGGGCCAAAGUUUUGUGGGAAAGAGUUUCCUUGCAAAUAUUAGGGAAGUAUGGAAGCAUGAUAAUGGUCAAGUCUAUUUGCAAGAGCAACUUCUUUCUAGCAUCUUGAAAACAAGAAGAAUCAAUAUACCAAAUGUAGGAUUGGGAAAAUCUCUAAUCAAGGAAAUUCUUUGUCAAAAAAGAGUAUUCAUUGUAUUAGAUAAUGUGGAUCAUGAAGACCAGCUCAAAGUUUUAUGUGAGAGACGUGAAUGGUUUGGACAAGGCAGUAGAAUAAUUGUCACUACUAGAGAUGAACGUCUGCUUCAAAUCCUUCAAGUGAAUAAAGUAUUCAAUGUGAGGGGAAUGGAUGAUAAUGAAUCUAUUGAACUUUUCAGUUGGCAUGCUUUUAAGCAAGCACUUCCUGAAAGAAAUUUUAAUGAACUUUCAAGAAGGGUAGUAUCAUACUCAGGAGGCCUACCACUAGCUCUUGAGAUCCUUGGCUCAUAUUUGUUUGAUAGGGAAAUACCUUAUUGGGAAAGCGCUUUGAAUAAAUUGGAACAAAUUCCAAAUGGUAAAAUACAUGAAAUUCUAAAAAUAAGUUAUGAUGGUUUGAGUGACCAAAUAGAGCAAGAGCUAUUCUUGGACAUAUGUUGUUUCUUCAUUGGGAAGGAUAGAAGCUAUGCUACUCAAGUAUUAGAUGGUUGUGGACUUCAUGCAAAAGUUGGAAUUACCCACCUAAUCGAGCGAAGCCUUGUAAAAGUUGUAAAGUUUGGAAAUAAAAAUAUAUUUGAUAUGCAUGACUUAAUACGUGAUAUGGGAAGAGAAAUAGUUCGUGAGCAAUCGCCAAGGAAGCUAGAGAAGCGUACAAGAUUGUGGUCUAAGGAUGAUGUGUUGAAUGUGUUAGAAAAUAACAUUGGAACAAUGACUAUUAAGGGGUUGUCUUUAAACAUGCCAAGAAAUAAUUUAGUAUCCUUGAGUACCAAGGCAUUUGAGAAUAUGAAGAGGAUUCUUCUACUCAACUUUGAUCAUGUACAGCUUAACGGAGACUAUGGUUGUCUAUCAAAAGAAUUGAGAUGGCUUUGUUGGCAUAACUCUCUCUUAGAAAACUUGCCAACGGACUUCAAUCUAGAAAAGACAGUUGCCAUUGACUUAAAGUGGAGUAAUCUCACAAAAGUAUGGCUGAAAAACCAGCUCCCAAAAGGUAUAUAUGACUUGAAGUCAUUGAGAACUCUCAAUCUUUUUGGUUGCUCCAAGAUUGAAAGGUUGGAUGAAGACAUUGAGAAAAUGGAAUCCUUAAUGAUUUUGGGAGCCAGUCACACUGCUAUAACACAA